AAUAUAUGUAAAAGACAAUAACGUUUGGCAAGCCUAAUUUACAAAUCUAACUGCGAUGUAUUAAGAUAUUUGGACUCCCCGCUUUCACGACAUAUUUUUGCCGCAAAACGUCAACUGCGAGUCUUAUGAAACACGGAAGUAGGCGUGUCACCAUGGAUACACGUAUCUAUUGCUAUCUCUAGAUCAAUGAUGCCGUAAUAGCUAUCAAUGUAGUCAAUUAUGGGUGAUACGUAUGCGAUUCAAACGUGAUGUCAAGCAACUCCCACGAAUCUUAGGGCUAUAGACAACAGAAGAGUGGGCUGUUUUAGACUGAGACGAGUUCUCAGGCUAAGACGAAGUCAAGUAGCAGGAUAGGAAACAAGAUGAGCGGACGUGUUGGAAAUCUCAGCCCUCAACAACAGGAGGCCUUGGACAAGUUCAGGAUCAACAUCAAAGAUGUUCUACAGCCACAUAUGGAUGACAUCUUCCUCCUAAAAUGGCUCCGAGCCAGGAGUUUCAAUCUUGCCAAGGCAGAAGAAAUGCUGCGACUAAAUCAGGAGUUCAGGAAAAAACUGAAUGUUGACAACUUGAAGAAGGAGUUUAAAGUGCCAGAGGUGCUGUCUAAGUACUUUACUGGAGGCCUGUUCUCCUGGGACAAGGAAGGCUGUCCUGUGUUCUAUGAUCCUUUUGGUCUGUUGGACGUCAAGGGCAUGCUUCAGUCUGUGCAGUGCUCUGACAUCAUCAAGUUCAAGCUGCUGAUUCUGGAGGAGAUCUGGGAAGAGUUCAGGGCUCAAUCUGAGAAGCUGGGUCGCCCAGUGGAGGGUCUCACACUGGUGAUAGACUUGGACCAGUUUGGUAUGAGACACAUGUCCAAACAAGCUAUUGAUAUUGACAUACAGAUAUUGAAGAUUUUUGAGGCAAAUUAUCCUGAAACUCUGAAGGCUGCUAUGAUAAUUCGAGCACCAAGGCUGUUCCCUGUCCUGUACUCUCUGGUGAGGCCCUUCCUGAGUGAAGACACAAAGAGCAAGCUCUAUGUCUGUGGAAAUGACUGGAAGGAGUUGUUACUGCAGAAGAUCGAUGCUCACUACCUGCCUGCAUACUGGGGCGGGACAGCGACAGAUGCUGAUGGGGACCCCAAGUGUAGGUCAAAGAUAUGCUUUGGAGGCUCCAUCCCAAAGUCCUACUAUUCUACAUCUGAUGAGACAUCUGUGACUGGGAACCUGACGACAGUUACUGUACAGAGCGGUUCCUGCCUUACCCUGGAGUACGAUGUCUUAGUGCCCAACUGUAUUAUAAGGUGGCAGUUCAAGUCCGACCACCAUGAUAUCAAGUUUGGUGUGUACAUGAGGAAGAGGACCAAGAACAGUGGGAAGCAGGGUGAGGGGCUAAAGGAAGUGGUGCCUUCUGAAAAACACAACAGUCAUAAGGUGUUAGCAGAGGGGGAAGUGCUGUGCACAGAAGCAGGCUUAUAUGUGGUGAAGUUUGACAACUCGUACAGUUGGAUGACCAGUAAGAAACUCCGCUACAACAUCGAGCUCAUCAUUCCCAGCAAGGAGACAUUCCAGGAGGUCAGAGGUGCUGCUAAAGAGUUCAACACCGACCAAUCACAGGACAAGGAAAGGUCACAGGAGUCAUUCCAGGAGGUCAAAGGUGCUGCUAAAGAGUUCAACACUGACCAAUCACAGGAGACAUUCCAGGAGGUCAAAGGUGCUGCUAAAGAGUUCAACACUGACCAAUCACAAGACAAGUAAAGGUCACAGGUCAAAGAUAGAAUAAAAUCUCAUUUUUAAUCAUAGUAGUGACAGAGAUGGUAGCAUGAAAGGGUAGUUGCCGUAUCAGUACUUUGAUUUUUAAAAUUAUGGAGCUGAGAGUAACGUUAAACUUAUAUAUAUUAUGUUUAUGUAUAUUAUAUAUAUAUGCCAGUAUAUGUAUUUUGAAAACUUAAUGAGAUUCUUCACAAUAUGCAGUAAAAAAUACUUGAACACUUAUAUGAGCAACAUUUGCUUGAAAGUAAAAAACAAAAUUAUGCUAGAAAGACUUUUGUGUGUUGGAUACAGAAGUAAAUCUUAUAUAACGUCCUUGGUUUAUAUAGAGGUCAAAGUAAAUGGAGUCAGGAACCACGCAGGGAAAAAUGGCUGCUGAGAACAGGUGGUUGCUGAAGGCACUGGUGGGGGUUAACCAUUCAACCUCCUUGGGUUAGCUAUGGUUAAAAUGGAAGGACUGUUAUAAUGGCUGGCUUAUGUAACUGGAAGUGGUUGCCUGUGCCAGGUUUGGCUGUAAUACUAAUAUGCAUUUGUUAAUAAUGUUAUGUAUAUCAGAAUUAGGAAAAAAAAUUGUAACAAGUUGUAAAUCUGUGGUUUUAAAAGAAAAUGUUGUACAAAUCAUUCUCCACAGAAUCAUAUUUAACAUUAAAUUAAGUCAGUAUCCGAGAUGAUGCAGUAUGGCUGUCACAUCAUUGUUUGUGUAAAUAUCAAAUGAUAUUAGACAUGCUACAGUGCCAUGAAAACAGCAUUAUGCUGUGAAUAUAUAUUAUCAAUAUGUCAGGGAAUUAUUAUUGAUAAAUAUCUUGCCAUCAACUCAGUUUUAUUUACUGAAUGAUGAUUAAUUUUUCAUGUACUUUCUGAAUACAUCAGGACAAAUUUUAUCCCAGGACUUGCCAUUUGUGACAAAAGUUUAACAAUUUAUAUAAGAUGUGCAACUAAGUGUCAGCAUUAUACAAUAAGAUAAGACUUGUAUUUAUCAAAAGCAUUUUACUUAAUAUUUUCUAUUUAUAUACAUGUAACUCAGGAUGUUUCAAACCUAAAGUGUAAGUACUGUAGAUUCGUCUACUUUUGUAGUGGCAGGUAAGAAAGAGAAAGAGUUUCCAAGAUGUUCUAAAU